AUGGUCAUUUCUCCGUUUGCUCCCACUGACUUGUCAAAGCUCGGGGGCCUCUCCAUCCUGAUCACGGGUGGAGCAUCUGGUCUGGGCCGUUCCUCCGCAACACUCUUUGCAAAGUCAGGAGCCUUUGUCACAAUUGCUGAUGUCCAAGACGGCUCAGAUAUUGCAGCCGAGCUAUCUGGGCAGGGCUGUAAGGUCCAAUUUGUUCACUGUGAUGUGACGGACUGGGACUCUCAGGUCAGAGCGUUCCAGGCCGCACUCAAGUUUUCUCCCACGAGAACAUUGGACAUGGUCGCCGCCUUUGCAGGCAUAGAUGUCACUGGCCAUCUAGUUGACCAUGUUCUUCCUACUGAGGUUUUGCUUGAUGGGCCACCACCUCCGAUUCCCAAUCUUGUAUCGAUCGAAGUUAACCUCAAGGGCGUGUUUUACACGGCUACCCUUGCUCUUCAUUAUCUCCGACUGGGGUCUGGAGGGCCUCCUGGAGACAGUGCUAAGGCAUCUAGAUCUCUUGUUAUCGUAUCUUCACUGGCUGGCUAUAUAGACGACACCCAUAGCAGUGCCUAUACAGCUUCUAAGUUUGGGAGUCGAGGUCUUUUCCGCGCUAUCCGUGCCCAGGCCCAUCAGCAGCUUAACAUUCGUGUUAAUGCAAUCUGUCCCUGGGCAAUGAAAACACCCAUGAUAGAGGGAGCGUUGCAAAGAAUGGCAGAUUUUGGGAUUUUGCCUGAUAAAGGUAUCACCCUGGUCCCGCACGAUGUGCUGACGCAGGCUUUGGCGAGAGUUACCGUGGAUGAGAGUAUUUCGGGGCGCGCAAUUGCUAUCGUUCCUGAGGGCGCAGUUGACAUAGGCGAUGAUAUUGAUGAUGGGUACGGUGGUACUCGAUUGGUUGAGUUGAUGGCUCUGCGUAAAGAAGCUGGAGAUUUCCUUCACAGCUAG